AUGGCAGACGAAGAAUACGAAAGUGUACUGUUAGUAUUGCGAGAAUGUUAUGUCUAUAAAAUUCCACCAAGAACGUCAAGCAGAGAGUAUAGGGCAGCGGAAUGGGGUGAUAUGGAAGCUUUUUUAUGGAAAGGUCGAUUAAGAAUUAUGGCUGUGGGCGAAAAAUGUUUUAUUAGAUUAGAAGAUGGUAAUACUGGUGAAUUAUUUGCACAAUGUCUGUAUGAUCCGGAUACUAACUCUGUUGAACCAGUACGUGAUUCUUCUAGAUAUUUUGUUUUACGUAUUGAAAAUACUGAUG